AUGUUCCCGCUACGACUCAACUUCAUUACACUUCACUAUGCCUGGAUAAUCUUCUGUGGACUCCUUGGCCUGGUGAUCCUCACGCCCGAGGGCAACUUGGCUGCCAUUGACGCCUAUUUCUUCGGCGCGAGCGCUUCGACCGAAUCCGGCCUCAACACGGUUGACGUGAAGGCCCUGAGGACUUAUCAGCAAGUCUUCCUCUACGUAAUUCCCACUAUUACGAAUUUAGGCGUCGUGAACAUCGCGGUGGUCGUUUUCCGGAUCGUCUGGUUCAAGAAAAAGCUCAAGGCCGCUGAAGACGUUGAGGGACCUAGCAAGGUCUUGGAGGAUCACCUGGAAAGGUACGUAACCCUGCAAGCCCGUGUGACUUCGAGCGCACCUCUGAAGUAUUACAGCAAGCCACGACGGGUUGUGGGUGAUGAAGGAGUCCCCGCCGCGGCUAAUGUCAGUGGCAUGGAACCCAGCGUAUCUGAAUCUAAGCAACGGCCUUCAACAUCCACGGAAUACUAUAUACCGCCUCCAUUGGAGCGCGACAAUGGCGAGGAUGAAGAUGAAAUAAAGCCCGCUCAAGAGACAGAAGGGGGAGGAGGUAUCGCGGCCAGGCACCGGAAGCAUGUUGGGAACAAAGGCCCCAUAAUUUCCGCCGCCAGGUCCAUCGAAAACCACGCCAGCGCCGUGUUUGUCCUGGGAGCUCGGCCUGGCGCAGACCGGAGGCUCUCCACCACGUCGCAGCGACCACGGCCCAAUGAUCUGCCUGGUCUCCGCAAACAAGUCACGGUCGGCAGAAACUCACAGUUCCAUGACAUGUCGGCCGAGGACGAGAGGAAGCUUGGCGGCAUCGAGUACGCGGCGCUGAAGUUGUUGCUGAAGAUCGUGUUGGGCUAUUAUCUCGGGCUUCAUCUUCUUGGUGUGAUCGGCCUACUGCCAUGGAUUCACACGGCCCCAUCAAAGUACACAGACUGGCUGGCAGAGUGCGGCCAAAGCAAGACGUGGUGGGCGUUCUACUCGGCGCAGACCAUGGUCAACAACCUCGGCUUCACACUGACUCCCGACUCCAUGAUCACAUUCAAGGACGCGACGUGGCCCAUGUUGCUGAUGACAUUUCUGGCCUUCGCCGGCAACACCUGCUACCCGGUGGCACUGCGCUUCUGCAUUUGGGUCACAUACAAAUUGACGCCCUCGAACAGCCCGAACAGCACAGCAUUCAAGUUUCUCCUCGACCACCCGCGCCGGUGCUACACCCUCUUAUUUCCCAGUUCCCCUACAUGGAUCCUGUUCGGCAUCAUUGCCGCGCUCAACUUUGUGGAUGUGCUCCUGAUCGUUGUCUUGGACUUGGACAACCCCGCCGUCAACGACCUCUCAAUAGGCCCGAGGAUUCUCUCGGCCUUGUUUCAGGCUGCGUCUUCCCGGCAUACAGGCACCUCGACACUGAACCUGGCCGAGAUCAAUCCCGCCGUCCAGUUCAGCCUCCUCGUCAUGAUGUACAUCGCCAUUCUUCCAAUCGCGAUCAGCAUCCGCGCGUCCAACACCUACGAGGAGCAGGCAAUCGGCCUGUACGCAACGGACCGCCCCCUCGAUGAGUCCCGGGCAACCAGCUACAUCAUGACGCACGUCCAGAACCAGCUAAGCUUCGACCUCUGGUAUGUGUUUCUCGGGACGUUCUGUAUCUGCGUAGCCGAGUCCGGGCGAAUCAAGGACCUGGGACAGCCGGCAUUCUCGGUCUUCUCCGUAUUUUUCGAAGUCGUCUCGGCCUACGGCAAUGUCGGGCUCUCCCUCGGGCACCCAUCCGUCAUGACCUCGCUGUGCGGACAGUUCGGCACGUUUGCCAAGCUCGUCAUCUGCGCCAUGAUGAUCCGCGGCCGCCACCGCGGCCUCCCUUACGCGCUUGACCGCGCCGUCAUGCUGGCGGGCGACUCCCCGCAGGGGCACAUGCCCGAGCCGCCCACCCCGGGUGUCUCGAGAGCAGGCGAUGCGAGCAGGGACGCGGUCAAGAUAAGAACCGCGUAA